UUUGUUACAGAUGACGAUAAAAUGAAGUGAAGUCUUCCCACGUCAAUAUCGUAAAAGGAUGGGGAGCGAGACCGUUAGCUGGGUGAGGCGGCGGGGCUGUAGGUGAACGAUGGCAAACUGGCGGACUUUGGUCGCGCUGGCAGCGCUGCUGGCCACCGCGCGCGCCUACCUCGUGCUCGUGCCCGACACCGCGCCCCCCGGUCACGCGGUCCUCGACGCCGCCGUCUACAAGCUCGGCUCCGAGCGCGUCUACACCAUCGACGUCCACCGGACCGCCAACUUCGUUCACCACGUGCUCCGCGUCAACCGCACUACCGGCCUCGUCACGCUCCGCAAGAGGCUGCGGUGCGAUGGCGUCCUCUACCCUAAUCUCUUCACUUUCUACGUCGACUCCACUUCGGAAAGAAUCCGCGACAUCGACUACUACAGUUUGCCUGUCAGAAUCCUUGUCACAGGCGAGGACUGUAGUCGACGGCAUGCAGAACUGUACGACAUCGAUUUCGACCGUGUCUACGAUCAGAGUGACUCCGCUUUACAGUACGAUGAUGAGACCAUUACGAGAGAUAAAAGGGCAGCGCCUUAUCCAGAAAAUAUAGAUUGGAGGUUACUAGAAGGCGAAGAGUUGAUAUCUAGUCAAUACAAUGUUUUAUCGACGGCCUAUCCGUGGUCGAACGUGAUGUUCGAGGACUUUGCUAGUAGAAAUAAAAGCAGAAAAAAAAGAUCUCAGUCCAUAGUACCAUUCGACAUGGCCAUAGAUGUAAAAAUAGCUGAAGCCAAACAGUGGAUAUCGGAAACGUACGCCAGCUUCGCUAUACCAACUACGGACCGAUGGCAAGGUAUAUGCCUCAAGAAGUCUCAAUUCGUGAAUUCGCUAACGGCGUUCUUGCCGCGGACGGUGCAGAAAAUGUGCAAAGUUCAGUUCUUGGACGUGAGUGACCCCCGGUUUGUGAUCGAGAAUAGCCAGGGGGAUCUGGUGGCGCGUAAUGACGAGUGUAUAAUGGAGCCUAUGUGGAAAGUGUCUGUGCUGUUUACGUUUAACUGUGACAGGACAAACAUUGUGGAUUCGGACCACAGGCUGAAGAUAGUGUACCACCACCAGGAGUUGAAUGAUACUGAUAUCGCGAGGAGGGUGAAGAGAGAGCUGCGAAACCAGUCGCCGUAUUUCGAGCAGGCUCUGUAUGUGGCCUCGGUGGCCGAGGAGCAGCCGACUGGCGUCGUCGUCACCACUGUGAGAGCAAGGGACCCAGAAAACAGUCCGGUGACGUACUCCAUGUCCAGCCUGUUGGACUCGCGGUCGGCGGGCAUGUUCACGGUGGACGCGCGCUCGGGGGUCAUCACUACGCAAGCGAAGCUGGACAGGGAGCGGCUGGACGUGCACUACUUCAGGGUGGUAGCGCAGGAUGACACGUUCCCGCCGAGGAGUGGCACUACAACGCUUCAGAUCAACGUCCUGGACUGCAACGACCACGCGCCAGUGUUCGAGAUGCAGCAGUACGAGGCGUCAGUGAGAGAGGGCGCCAGUCCCGGCACCACCGUGCUCACGCUGAAGGCGGCCGAUCAGGACAUCGGCAAGAAUGCCGAGGUGGAAUAUUCAAUAGAGUCCGUGACAGCCGAUCAGUUGGACGACUCGAACGAUUCCAUCGACAGUGAGCGUUCAGAAGAGGUCUUCAGGGUGGACGGCCGAAGCGGGGCACUUCUUACUAGGGCCCCGCUGGAUAGGGAAAAGGUGGCGCGCUACACGGUUAUAGUGAGGGCCACAGACCAGGCCAGUCCUGUGUCUGACAGACUGUCUAGCACUGCGACCGUGCACGUGAACAUCCUGGAUGACAACGACAACUAUCCACAGUUCAGUGAGAAGACUUACACUGUCACCGUGGAUGAGGACAUCAAUGUUAGCGAGAAUCCUGUUAUCGCGAGAAUCAAAGCAACCGACGCGGACGCGGGCACAAACGCAGCGAUUCGCUACGCUAUCAUCGGAGGCAACACGCAGAUGCAGUUCUCUAUCGACAGCCUGAGCGGGGACGUGUCGCUUGUGAAGCCCCUGGACUAUGAGCAGCUGAGGAACUACCGUCUGGUUAUCAGGGCUCAAGAUGGUGGCAGCCCCUCCCGCUCGAACACGACGCAGCUGCUCGUGAACGUGAAGGACGUGAACGACAACUCGCCGCGAUUCUACACGUCGCUGUUCCAGGAGUCCGUCAGCGAGAACGUCCCCUCAGGCUAUAGCAUCGUUAGGGUUCAAGCGUACGAUGCAGAUGAAGGCGUGAACUCAGAAUUGACGUACACUUUAAUCGACAAAGAAUUCGGGCGCGCCGAAAUUCCUAUCACCAUAGACCCGCGCUCUGGCUGGGUGUACACCAACGGACUGUUGGAUAGGGAGGUGCAAUCCAAGUAUCAGCUGCAAGUAACGGCUACCGACGGCGGUACUCCACCGCGUUCCGCGACCGCGUCUGUGGUAGUGGUGGUGCAGGACGUGAACGACAACGACCCAGUGUUCUCACCAGCCCAGUAUGACGUGCAACUGGCAGAAGACGAGCCUCCAGGAACGCCAGUCGUGACCGUCACCGCUACGGACGCUGAUGAGGACAACAGGCUACACUACGAAAUCACCGGCGGCAACACUCGCGGCCGCUUCGCCAUAACCUCUCAGAACGGACGUGGCCUUAUCACCGUAGCUCAACCAUUGGACUUCAAGCAAGAACGCCGAUACGUCCUUACCGUGACUGCCACCGACAAUGGCGGCAGAUCAGACACUGCUAUGGUCCAUAUCAACAUUACUGAUGCUAAUAACUACGCGCCUGUGUUUGAAAAUGCACCGUAUACCGCCUCGGUAUUCGAAGACGCUCCAAUCGGCACGACAGUGCUGGUGGUGUCGGCGACCGACAGCGACGUGGGCGUGAACGCGCAGGUGUCGUACAGCCUGAGCUCCGAGAUCUCCAACGAGGCCGUGACGCACCACGACCAGGAGUUCGUCAUCAACUCGCAGACUGGCGCCAUCACCACCAACAAGCUUCUGGAUAGGGAGACUAUGAGCGGCUACUUACUUACGGUAACAGCGCGCGACGGAGGCGUGCCGUCCCUGUCUGACACGACGGAUGUGGAAAUAUCCGUCGUGGACGUCAACGACAACGAGCCCGUGUUCAUGCAACAGCUGUAUACUGCCAGCAUCAUGGAAGACGCUUUAGUUGGAACUUCAGUAACCCAAGUAGCAGCAACAGAUGCCGACGCCGGCUUGAACGGGCGCGUGCAUUACGAGUUGGACCCUAAAGACAGGGAGGAAGGCUCAUUUGUGGUCGACCCGGCCUCGGGGGUCAUCCGCACGAACAAGGCUCUGGACAGGGAGUCGGUGGCUACGUACGAUCUGAAGGCGCUGGCUAUCGAUGGGGGCACACCGCCGCAAAGCUCAACGGUAAUCGUCCACAUAAAAGUGGAGGACAUAAACGACUCGCCACCCGUUUUCGAGAGCGACUGCCUCACUUUUUACGUGGCAGAGAAUAGCCCUAUCGGAACUACGGUCGGCGAAAUAUAUGCGCGCGACCCUGACGACGGACCGAAUGCUGUGGUGCAUUAUUCCAUUAAAGGUGGCGAGGACUCCAGCAGCUUCACCCUCGAAACCCGCCAAGGAUCUGACAAAGCUGAACUAGUCACAAUGGUGGACCUAGACUACGAGAGCCCGCGCAAAAAAUACGAACUCAUCUUACGAGCCGCUAGUCCGCCGCUGUGGAAUGAUGUCAGAGUGGAGAUACUAGUCACGGAUGUGAAUGAUAAUGCGCCUGUCAUGAAGGAUUUCCAGAUCAUUUUCAAUAACUAUAAGGAUUGCUUUCCUGUGGGGCCGUUUGGAAGGGUGCCGGCUUAUGAUGCGGAUGUUACUGACAAACUCCAAUACCGGAUAUUAUCCGGCAACAACGCAAACCUGGUGUUGUUGAACGAGACCACUGGCUCCAUGACGCUAUCACCUCAACUCAACACCAAUGUGCCCAAACUGGCUACGAUGGAAAUAUCUGUUACGGACGGCGUAAACGAAAUAAAGGCGAUGAUGCAACUCUCCGUGCGCCUGGUCACGGAAGAGAUGCUAUUUAACUCGAUCACGAUCCGUCUCAACGAAAUGACGGCCGAACGCUUCCUGUCACCGCUGCUGGGCUUCUUCAUCGACGGUUUGGCGGCCAUCAUACCCUGCCCUAAGGAGAACAUCUACGUUUUCAGUAUACAGGACGACACGGACGUGCACGGCAAUAUCCUGAACGUGUCAUUUUCGGCGCGGCGGCCGCACGCGGAAAUCGCUGUGGACGGACACAGGCCACACUACUCGCCCACACACCUGCGCGAGCGCGUCUAUCUUCACCGCAGCACGCUCGCCAGACUCGCCACUGUACAAGUCCUGCCUUUCGACGACAACGUAUGUGUCCACGAGCCGUGCCUGAACUACGAGGAGUGCCUGACGGUGCUUAAGUUCGGCAACGCGUCCGGCUUCAUCGCCAGCGACUCGGUGUUGUUCCGGCCCAUCUACCCCGUCACCACGUUCACGUGCCAGUGCCCGCAGGGGUUCACAGGAUCGCGAGAACAUUACAUGUGCGACACGGAAGUGGACCUGUGCUACUCAUCGCCGUGUACCAACAACGGGACAUGCAUUCGUCGCGAGGGUGGAUACACAUGCGUUUGCGCUCCCGGUUUCACGGGCGUUAACUGCGAGACGAUUCUAACCAAAGCCUCCUGCGACCUAAACGGCGACGGCACCGUCUGCCGCGGCGGCUCACAAUGUGUGCCCAAACGGGAAGGCGGCAUCCUCUGCCAAGGAUGCACUAUCGACGUAGCCUACACCACGGCCAUGUGUGAACUGAGGGCUCGGAGCUUCCCGCAGUCAUCUUUCUUGACGUUCCCUGGGCUGAAGCGGCGGCAUCGAGUACAUUUGAAACUGAAAUUCGCAACACAAGGCACAUCCGGGUUGCUCCUGUAUAACGGCCGAUACAACGAGCGACACGACUUCAUCGCCCUCGAACUUAUCAAUAGCGGCGCGGGCCGCGCUGGCGGGGGCGCUGGCGGGGCGGGUGUACGCUUCACGUUCGCUCUCGGCGGAGGGAAGGCGGAGGUCACCGUGGCCGGGGAGAUGGCCGACGGCAUGUGGCACACUGUCGAGGUGGACUACUUCAACAGGACGGCAACUCUAAUACUGGACGACUGUGACAAGGACUUAUCCCUCGCCGGAGCAGCGGACUUCGACAUCAAAUACGCAUGUGCGAACCAGACCACCAAAAUACUACCUCCACGCUGCGACAUACCUACGGAGACUUGUCAUAGAUUCCUGGACUUAACUGGGCCGCUGCAAGUUGGCGGGCUACCGAACAUUCCCAGCAGUUUUCAAGUCAAGAACAAGGACUUCGUUGGGUGCAUCUCGGAUUUCCACAUCGAUCAUCGAUUUAUUGACCUUAACAAUUUCGUGGCAGACAACGGCACCAUCGCGGGUUGCUCACAAAAACGCUCCCACUGCGACAACGGGCCGUGUCACAACGACGGCGUGUGCUGGGACCUCUGGGACACGUACCUCUGCGAGUGCACCGAGGGCCACACCGGCAAAGACUGCUCCGAGACAACGGCAUCACCAUGGCGUUUCAGUGGUGACGGCAUGUUGUCAUUCAAUCCGCUGCUGCGGCCUAUUCAACUGCCGUGGCUCAACGCGUUGUCACUACGGACGAGGCAGCAGGACGCCUUCCUCAUGUCCAUACAAGUGGGACAGAACAGCUCAGUUUUUCUUAGCUUAAAAUCCGGCCUCCUCCACUACUCAUACAACGGCGAAACGAUGUUCCUUCCAACGACAACCCUAGCCGAUGGCAACUGGCACCGAGUCGAGGUCAAAUGGCUCGGCACCGACAUCUCCGUCACCAUAGACUAUGGGCUCAGGAACGCACUGCUCCCAAUGCUAGCCAAUAAGGUUCAAGGACAGUAUGUUGGGAAGAUUCUGAUUGGUGGACCGGACAGCACGGCCGGCUUGUUGGCUUCGGACGUUGGGUACUUUGAGGGUUGUAUACAGGAUGUAAGAGUGGGAACAAACCAAAACUUACUCAAUCGGCCCACUACGAUAGAGAACGUGAAAGAUGGAUGUCAAUCUAGAGCGGACUGUAUGCUGUCCAUCUGUCCGCCUUACAGCAAAUGCGAGUCGUCCUGGGACACGACAACGUGCACGUGCUCCCGCGGCCGCUACGGGCCGCAAUGUAUCGCCGCAUGCGACCUCCAUCCUUGCGGUGAUCGCGCCCGCUGCGAACCCACAGACAACGAGAAAGGCUACCAGUGUGUGUGCGACGACGGAUAUGUGCUCACUAGUUCUGGUUGCGUGGAGGAGACGGCGGACGAGUGCCCGGGCGGGUGGUGGGGCGCGGCGGCGUGCGGCCCGUGCGCCUGCGCCGUGGCCGCCGGCUACCACCCGCACUGCGACAGGGACUCCGGCCACUGCCACUGCAAGGAAAACCACUACAAGCUCCCCGGCUCCAACGUAUGCCUCCCAUGCCAGUGCUACGCGGCAGGCUCCGUCAACAGUUCCUGCGAGGCCGACAGCGGGCAGUGCUACUGCCGGGGCGGGGUCAUUGGCCGCGCGUGUGAUUCCUGCGCCAACCUCUACGCCGAGGUGAAGCCGAACGCCGGCUGCGAAGUGGUAUACGACGGAUGCCCACGUUCGUUUUCGCAUGGCGUCUGGUGGCCGCGAACUAAGUUCGGUAUAGAGGCGUACGCGGAUUGCCCGCCUGGAACCAGUGGGAAGGCAACGCGCAUGUGCGACGAGACGCAAGUCGUGCCCUGGCAGGAACCGGACAUGUUCAACUGCACAACUUCCACUUUUUAUCAACUUAGGAAACAGCUAAGCAAAAUCGAAUCAGGCGAACUACUGGUAAACACGUUCGUAGGCGUUCGUCUCGCGGACGACUUGGCCUCUGCCUGCUCAAAUACACCUGUAUUGUAUGGAGCUGAUGUACUAGUAGCAGAGGGUAUUCUGCUAGAACUACUGCGCUAUGAGCUGCGCCAGGCGGGAUUGAACCUUACGCACAGCCAGGAUAAGGACUAUGUCAGAAACAUAAUGAAGUCCGCGAACACUAUACUGAACGCGAAGUAUUCCCUUGAAUGGCGCCGCGUCCGGCAGCUGACGGGGCGCGGGACGGAGCGGCUGCUGCAGAAGGUCGACAACUACAUCGCCGUGCUCGCCGAGAGCCAGCACGACACCUACACCAGCCCCUUUGAAAUUAUUACAAGCGACUUAGUAAUCGGCGUCGACAUCGUAACCUCCGAGUCCAUCUACGGCUUCGAGCCCACGCAACUCACUCGCUUCAUCUCCGAGUCCUACACCACCGAACGCGUCGUGCUGCCCGACACGUCCGCCUUCGUGCACUCCCCCCUAACCGGAUACGGGAAGAGGGGGAAGAAACCUUCCAGCCCGACUGUGUCGUUCCCGAAGUACAACAACUAUGUCAAGACCAGGUCCAAGUUCGAUAAGUUCACGAGGAUACUGCUGCCGCUUGAUUUGCUCGGGAUUACUAAUAAUAAUGGACAAGACAACCCUGAACCCGAAUCUCGCGCCGUAUUCUCGUACUUCCAAUACUCACGGAACACCUCUCAACUCAUGCCACUACGUACCGACGACUCAGUUGGCCGGCGAUGGGGAGUAAACAUAACUAUCGGCUCACCGAUACUGCAGGUGGCACUGUUCGUGCCUGAGUACGUGUGGUACAGAGAGUCUAAGGAUGGAGACGAUGUGGUUGACAUCAAUGUGGAGGAGGAAGGCAUAACAUACACCAACAAGGGUCACCAUCACGUGUCCUAUCCCACACACAACGACCCAAAAUGGCACUCCAACGAGCCCGAAAUACAACACGAGGCCCACGGCCCCGUCUUAAUCCAGCCAGCUAUGAAAAAGCAAGAAAAACAGUUCGCUGACAAUUUACAAGACAACGAGUCGACUUACGUCGCUGAGAAUCAGGAUGGUCCGAAGGUCUUAGCGUUGACCAUGGACCCUGAGUUCAAAGAUGAAAACAUUACGAGGAUGGGAAAGAAGUUGAUUUACAAGAGUAUGGGCGGGAUUCGACUGAAGAAGCCGAUUAGACUGCAGAUGUGGUUGGACAUUAAUAGGGAGACGUUUGGCUCGCGGACUAACCCACAGUGCGUGCAUUGGUCUACUUUAAGAGGAAGUGGCGAAUGGUCUCGCGUAGGGUGCCACACUGAGAUCGACUACGACUGGUCGCCGUACUCGAACGAGCCGCUCCUCAUCAACUGCACGUGCAACCAUCUCUCCACGUUUGCUGUACUAGUCGACGAAGUUGACAUUGAGUUCAUACCCGAACCAUCACUACUUGAAUCCGUGACAUCGUACACCGCGUUCAGUAUAUCCCUCCCGCUCCUGCUCGCGACGUGGGCCGCGCUCUGUCUCAUGCGCGGCGGCGCGGCGACCGUCUCCAACUCGAUACAUAAACACCUGAUAUUCUGCGUGUUUAUGGCCGAGCUGCUGUAUCUGAUCGCGUUGAAGGCGAGAAGCUCUUUGGUUCAGAAUGAGUUUGCCUGCAAAAUAAUCGCCAUGUCGCUGCACUAUUGGUGGGUGGCAGCAUUGGCCUGGACGGCGUGCGACGCAUGGCAGCUACGGCGUCUACUACGAGAGCUACGAGAUGUCAACCACGGAGGUUUAGCAGCACAUUUGGCUGCCGCCUACGCCGCGCCGGCGGUCAUCCUCGCGCUGUCUGCCUCGCACCACCAGCAGCAGUACGGGCACGCGCUCUUCUGUUGGGUGAGCUGCCACGAGCCAGUAGUGUGGUGGGUGGUGGUGCCGGCCGCCGUGUACGCCGGCGCCGCCGUGGCCAGCCUGGCCGGCGCCACGCGCGCCGCCUUCACCGUGCGCGACCACGUCACCGGCUUCGGCAACCUCAGGAUGUUGCUAGCCGUGAGCGUGGUAUGCCUGCCGCUGGUGUGCAUGGCGUGGGCGAGCGGGCUGGUGCUGGGCAGCGAGGCGGGCGCCCGGCGCGACCUGCUGAGCUCGGUGCUGGCGGGCAGCGUGGCGCUGCACGCCGCCGCCGCCUCGCUCGGCUACAUCGCCUUCAACGUGCGAGUGCGCGACAACCUCAGGAGAACAAUGCUCCGGUGCAUGGGCAAGAAAGUACCUUUGGCUGACACUUCAGUUAUAGUUAGCGGCAGUGCUCAAAAUUUGUCGGCUAACAGGUCCGCAUUGGCGUACCACAGUGGGACUGAACCAGGCCGCCAGCUGAGAAACAUCGGCAUAUCGGCUUCUUCGACAACAUCUAGGUCGACAACGAAAACUAGCUCCAGUCCUUACAGCCGAAGUGACGGUCAACUUCGUCAUACAAGCACGUCGACGUCCAACUACAAUACGAGUGCGAGUGACAUGCCCGCUUACCUUAGAGGAUUUGAUUCUUCGCUACAUACUCGUAGAGACGAUGAGACCCGCCGUCGGCGACGAGCGCCAGCGGGCGCGGAGGGCGAGGGCUCGGACAGCGACAGCGACGGCAGCGCGCGCAGCCUCGACCUCGCCUCCAGCCACUCCUCCGACGACGACGAGACCAGUACCCGCCGCUCCGAACAACCCGCCAAUCCCAGGGACUGCGCUCCAAGCACCAACGGCGGAAGCUACUUACCGAAUAUUACAGAAGGUGCACCUUUAGGCAUGUCGCCGCGAUGGCCUUCACACAUCCGCGAAGAUCCAAACCGGGCCGACGUGAGAUGGUCGGGCGAGCCGGGCUCGGACACCGAACGGCCGCUGGCCUCCCCCUCCCCGAACCCGCUGCCCGUGCCCGACCUCACGUCCGACGUGUACCAGCUGAGCCGGCGGAGGGUCAAGCCCUCCAUCCUCGAGAACGUGCACGACACGUACGUCGCUAGCGUCGAUGCGUCCCGGCUACCGCUCGACAACAGAUAUGGAGUCAUGGAAGACGAGCUAAUGUACGGCGUGUUGCCCACCGACACCGAGAAACAAGUUCCAUACGACCCGAACUACCCGAUAUCGCCCACCAUGUACCGGCUACCCGGCAACCCGUACGGUUCCAAAACCUACCUCUCGUCCAGGACAUCUGACUACGGCUACAGCCCUACCAAAUACCUGAACACGGACAACGUCUACGGGUCCAGGGACUUAGUCACCACUAGGGACCACGACGGGUACCCGCCUAGAGACUUCAGGGAUUCCGGAAUAGCCACCAUGCUCAAGAAUGAUUAUCAGAGGAAAAUGGAGUACGGAGACUAUAAUGAUAGGAUGUCGGAAGGAUCAGACAAACACCAUCCGCACGAUAAAUACUCGUUCCCUUUCACAGCGGAGGAAGACCACACUAACUUGCGCGGCGUGGCGCCACCGUCGGUCCGUAGUAGCGAAAUAGCACACCCAGGAGACGGCCAGCAGCCAUUGGGAGCGCCUUUAGCGAGCAUGGGAGAAACGAGCGAGAAAUCUACUACUGAAGAUGACACAGAAACUAGAGUUUAAAGACAACAUCACUAUAGUACAAGAUUUCCAAUGAAUCUCAAUUAGUUUAUAAUUUUAAUACGGUACUGUUUUCAUGUACGUACAUACCUAGUUAUCAUUUCUAUAAGACUGUCGUAAACUAUAAAAAACAUAAUUGAAGGUACCACUGCCAUAGUGUAGACUAACUGCUAUUUAUUUUAUUUAACAAUUCACUUAAAUUAAUUUUAGUAGGAUUAAUCACAAAAUAAAUACUCAGAUAGUUUUUAUAAAAUACUCAGUUUAGCACUCGCCCGCCUCUCGGAUAUCAAAGACUAUUUGCAGGCAAAUUUUGAUUAUGAUUGUUCGAAUAAGUAGGUAGGUUUGACGGGACUUGUGCAAAAUAUAAGUUUUGAACUCACUAUAGGCUGUCGUUUAAAUUGUGAAUGCUAGUGAGGUAGAGGAAUCAUUUCUUGGGUACUUUAAUGUAAUCCUCAGGUUGUUACAUUAUGGAACAGUAGUGAGUGACGUCAAAAUUUUAGUCUUGUAAAUAACUUAAGUGUUAUAACAUAUAAGAGGAUGCAUUUUGUAUUGAAAAUAUCUCAAUUUUAGUGUACAAUAUUUGAACAAGCAGAAUAAUGAAAGGAUUGACAUUGCUGUCGCUGUCGCUUGAUCUUGGAGUCGCAGGUGUGGUUUUAUGGAUAAUAAGUAAAUAAACGUUACUCUAGAUUUCAAGGACAGAGGCGCCCUCUGAGUAGUAAAGUUAUUAACAUCACGGGUUAUAUAAAUAUCUAGUUCUAGGAAUAUUAUGCAAAAUGAAACAUAAUAAUGUAUUUUUAUAUAAGAAACCAAAACUAUUAUAAAGUAGGUUAUACAUAUGAUAGGUAAUUUAAAUGCAGUAAAAGUAAAAAUGGCCACAACGCCAACAACUUGUGUAUGUAGAUGGCAGAUUUAAUUACAGUAGGUAUGUUUUAAAACCUAGUGUGAUAGUAAAUGGAUACUUUUAUUUGAUGUAAAUAUAGGUUUGUGUGAAUUUGGAACGUUUUACGAAGAGUCCACCUAUUUUGUAAAUAAUAAAUAGAUUUUUACACUUUGUAGCAUUUUAUUAGUAGGUAAUAGUGAAAUGUUGAGAAAAGCUUUAUUUAGGUAUUUUCUAAUGUAUAAUUGCCAUAAAUAUAACGAUAAGUUUGUAGUGCACAGUGUUUCAUGUAGUCCGGCAAUGACUUGUAGGAUGUUUGGUUGGUAUGUAUGAGUAUUAGGUACCUAUCUUUGUAUCAUUUAACAAGUAUGUCCACUUGAAUGUUGUCAAAACUCUUAAAAUCGCCUAUAACAGACACUGAGGCGAUGUGAUGUAAUACAGGUGUUUCAGGUGUUUGAUAUCUAGCUAGGUACAAAGCUUUAUGGGGGUAUUAAUAGCUGAGCUAACUACCUAAUAAUCCUAAUGUUUAACAUUUUUAGCCAUUUUAAAAAUGCUUAAAUUUUUAAUAAAUAAAUAAAUUCCAAAUUUCGUCUUAAAACAUGUCCAAAAAGGUUGAAAAAUACCUCGGGUAUCACCCCCUUAAAGCUUUGCAUUUUUAAUUUCCUUAUUUCCGAAAAUCACAGUUAUUUACCAGAAGCAACGCUCUGCACAGACAUAAUGUAGUUUGUAAAAUCAUCAGUAUUGGAUGGAUAGAUAAUGGACUAUGGUAUGAUGAUAAAUGAUGAGUGAUUUUAGGAAUUAAGAACCUGAAUAGGCGAAUACACUUCAUUUCAUUACAUUACAUUACAUUUCGGGUGAACAGCUUAAAAUGUCACAAACCUUUACAGUUCACAUGUUUUCCUCGUGACAAUUAAUAACAUGCUUUAUGUGGUAGACGAUAAGUUCCAAAAUUCAUUUCAAGAUCUUUCUUGUAACAGAUAUAAGUUUGUUAGCUCAGUUAGAAUUUACACAUUCCAGUUUUGUGAUAUCUAUUUCGCACUUAAUUUAUAACACAUACAAUUAUAUUAUAAAAAGGUACAAACAUCGCAUCCGAAUAAAAUUGUUUUAUAUGAAAAUAAAAUAUUUUAUUGCUAAAGCAA